AUGGCACAUUCAUUGAUACAGAGAACACAUUUGUUGCUUGUACUGCUGGUGUUCCUUUGCCGGUCAUCAGGUAAAUGCUGUGUAGAUGUUACUCAGUGUUUUACAGCCUUUCCCUGUGGUUAUUGCCAAGACGCUUACCCAGCUCAAGAUUCGAACGUAUGGCAAUUGCGGUAAUUUGCUAACGGGGUGCCCAUGUUUAUAAGAGUUAUUACAUAUUCAUACAUUCAUAAUCUUUAUUGAAAAUUGAAUUUAAUAAUUAUGACUUCAUAAAAGACUCCCAGAGAGAGUGAAGUCUUUUAAUUACUACAAUGUCAAACUUCUCUCUGUUAGGAGAGAAGAAUUAAGUUUCUGUAAAGGGCGAUACCAGCUCAGAUUGUAUCUAGCAGAGAACAGGGUGACGAAUUGCCAGUUUUUAAGAUUCACGUCAUUUUUCCUUUUUAAUUUAUUUUGUUAUUCAUAAUGAUUAGUUCUGUGUUUCACAGCUGUCUCUAUCUCAAGUCAAAUUACCGAGCGUGAAAGUUCAUUGCCACUGUUUGAGUUUUGCGAUAACUGAAUGAGGAGAAGCGGGCUUAGAAACUAUUUCACAACUCUUUAUUAAUACGUGUCUAGAUCUUCAGCUGUUGCGUUUCCAAGCUUGCCAUCGGCCAGAUAUCAUUCGUACUUUAAAUUCACUUUAAUAAACCAUGUAAACGGUCUUUUACUUUUAGCAUGUUUUGUCUUGCAUAAUUCAUAACUCAAAAGGGUCGGUUCUACAAAGAAAAAUAUAAAAGACGACCUUUUGACAAAACCCAAACAGCAAUAUGUUUGUAAAAACAUUCUAAUUAUUUUUUGGUUUUGUUGCUCGCUCGUUAACUUAGCGAAGAGGUUUUUUGCCAUAUCUAGUCAUAAUCUCUUUUUUCUUGCUAUUUAGCAUAUGAAAGUGAAAGCAUAUGAAAAGAAUAUAAUCAUUUCCAUCGAUAGCGAGUGUCCAAGCCAGGCACUUGCUGAGAAUUUUUAUCUACGCGCGAGUGAUUCUUUCAUUUCGAAGACUUGAUUUCCGGUCAGGACAGCUUCGGGAUUCACAAAUAAGACAGUGUUUUCGAGAGCGAGAUCUAAUCCCUGUAUUUGCGACCUGUCAAAGAACAUUGAUAAAUUACUUUAAAGUAAUAUUUCUUGGUAACUUUUGUAUAAAAAAGUGUAGCGUGGUGGAUAAAUUAUUUCGAGUGUUCCCGAUGACGUUUCCCAUAGAGGGGUUUACUGCACGUGAAUGAAAAUAUAUUUCCUCCGGGAGAUAUAAAUAUUAGGCGGAGAAAUUAAUUUCUAUAUUUGAAGAUUCUUGCGAUUUCAUGGUUGUAAAUAAAGGAGCCUUUAUUCGAAAUGUUGAUUUUUGGUUUUCAGAGAGCGUGUUGUCUUUUAAGUGUAAAACAAAAAAGUCAUUGAUUACACGCCAGUGUAAAUACAAAUUAAAUUGCAAAUUAAAAAAUGCCUUUUCCAAUGUUUGGUUUUAAAAAGUAAUAAUCAAGGACUUAUUUAAACAACUACAGCUGUAAGUCACGUCUUCAGUUUAGUAUUCUUACGAUUUUCUCCUCUUUUAUAAAUCUGUUUUCUUUUUUCUGUGACAGUGUAAUUUCACCUUUACAAUAUUUAAAAUACUUUCUAACGUUUGAAAUACCUAUAUUCAUUUAGUUGUAAAUAAUUUUUUAAAGUUUUGCAAUUAACUUUUUCAGUAAUUGCUGCUAUUCAUGAACGCCUCCACGUUUCUGGAACUACAUUGUUCCAUCAGCCUGGCCCAUCUCCUAUCAUUUAUCCUGUAUGUCAAUACCCUAUUGUAAAUAUCGUUAUCACCAACAACUAUCACUCAAAGUUCUCUUUCCACAUUUUUUUAAUUACUGGAAAUAAUUUUCCUUUGCUAGGGGGGAAUUAAGUGGGAGUGAAUUCCUUUUAUUGUAAAAAAACUAAGUUAUUGAAUAAAGUCAGCGCUACAAGAUUAUACCGUAAGAUAAAAUUUACAUUUUAAACCUUUCACUCCCAGAUGAAUUUCCAGUUAUGUUGAGAUUUGUUGUCCCUUUAACUUUUAAAUCUGUGGAUGAAAUACUUUAGUGUUACCAUUUAAAUGAAACCUCUCUUAGCUGGUAGACGGCUUUGGCAUAGGGCCAUUGUUUUUCUCUUUAUAUUUUACUGAGUAAAGUAUUUAAUUUAUUAUUUUUUGUAUUAUUUUUUUUGUUGUGGCCACUAUUACACUGUAUGAAUGAAAGUUGUGACCUUUUGAGAUCCCCCCUACACUCUUUUCCAUUAAAGUACAAGCAGGGGGAGGGGUAGGGUAGAUAACAUUCAAAUGCAAAGUUUGUCACAGGCAAACAAUUCCUUCCUUUAGAAAACUGUCUUUGAACUUCAUCACCCACUGUCAGAGAAUAAAUAAUAUUUGAACCCACAUAUCAUCGUCAAAUUAUUUACACAUGUCAGGAGAGGUACAAUUUAAAGACAAGGUUUUCCUAGUGCCUCAUUAAUUAAAUUGUCACAGUCACAAAUGACAAUUGCUUGCUGAUCACUAACAGACUAAUAAGUGUAUAAGUAAAUUCUAAACUAAUAAUUAAGAUGUAAAUGUAGUUGUGAUAUUUAUUCUAAGUUUUAAUUCAUUGUGAUGUAUAGCUUUGAAGAUUUCAGUGCACAGUGAAAAUUUUGUCGUAAACUAAAUAAGGAUGAAAUAUUAUUAAUAUAAUUAUAUGAUAACAUAAAUAAGACGAAAAGUCUUUUUUGCAGUGGUUAGCUUUUACUCUUGAGGAAAAAACCCACCAAUGAUAACUGCUUUUUUUAAUCAUAUUAUACUCACAUAAUAUUGGAAUUGAUUGAUUGUAAUAUAUUAUUAUUGAAGGUAGCCUGCAAAUUACAAUUUCCAGUAUUUUUCAUCUCUGUGAUGGAACGAUGGCACUUUUCCUUGUUGCAAGGUUAACCCAUCCACCCUUGGGAAUUUUGGCAAAAAACUCCCUUUGCCAGUUGAGCCAGUUGAUCUAUUUUCUAGUCACUGUCUGGUUACAAAGAGCCAAAACAGCCCAAAACACCAUUUAUAUAUCAAGUCCUAUAUGCUGCCUUCUGUUCCUGAUGCUAAAUAUCAUAUUAUUAUUAUUAUUAUUAUUAUUAUUAUUAUUAUUAAAGACAUUAUUAUUAUUAUUAUUAUUAUUAUUAUUAUUAUUAUUAUUAAAGACGUUAUUAAAUAUCAGCUUCCGAAGUUGAGCAUUCACAGAAAGCAAAAUUUAUUUUUCUCCCCUCUCCUUUCACUUCUCUUCUAAGCUGAGAAAAUACUAACAUUUUUUUUAUGUUCUUUAUUCUGCAGAUUCAAAAGAGACACCACCUACAUUAAUUACAGAAAAACAAACGCGUUCUUUCAAAUUUGUUGCAAAAGGCUAUUCUGUAGAUCUUGACUGUCGGUUUAAAGACCCUUAUAGCUUAGAUGACGUUACAUUGUUAAAAGAAUUGGAUACCAGUACAAAGACCCCAAGAAAUGUUGAUGGGGUGAAAAUCACCAAGAGUGGACAGAUAUUUACAAUAAACGAUGUUCAAGAGUCCGAUAAAGGCAGAUAUUGGUGUAAAGUUGGUUCAUGGAGUUACAGAAUAGAGAGACUUUAUUUUGUUUCCAGAACACAGCGAGGUAUGAACUAUCUGCUUUGAUAGUGUACUGAGUAUACUAUAGGUUUCCUUAAGGAACUUUAAUUUAAUGAUAUCUAACUUCAUACAUGCAUACUUGUGCAUUAAUAAGUUGCUCGAUUCUCAGGCGCAGAUCUGAGAUAAAAUAACACUUGUGGAUUUCCUAACAAGCACUGAAGGUGCAAGCUUGUAGGGGGGUCCGCAAGUAUGCUCCCAUGCAUGCUUUUGGAAUUUAUCUGCCUAAAGUCCCCUAUCCUGGGUUUCUGAGUCAUUCUGACAGGAUAUUAGUCAGUUCCUUUCUCCUCAGAUGAAGCCUUGCAAAUCAUUGGAUUAAAAAACAAGGUCAAUUUCAAGAUUUUAAGGUGGAAAGUUUUUUGCCAAAAAUAUAUUUGUCAUGAAAAAUCUGACCAAUUUCUGUGAAACAGUGGAACUAGUGUGGAUCUGCGCCAGACGAUUCUCAUCAACUGCAGCUUCAUAUUUUUUGUUGUGAUAUAGGCAUAAUGGAAGUUCUUGGUCAACUUUGAAUGUUGUUUAUAUUUACCUCAUAAUAAUGAAACAAAGUAUGAAAGUAACUUUGGAGAAUCACAAUUUUUCAAACAGUCAACCUUUCAAAUGCUGUGAAAGUUUAGAGAAAUCAUGAACAAUAAUUUAAUCUGAGCCAGUCCUCUGAUAGUAAAGGGAAGUGUUAACGGUCUUCUUUAUCACGGAAAAAGUGUCUGUUUACAAGGCAAAUUACAUUUUCUUUAUAUUAACACAUUUCAUUUUCCAGGGAAUUACAUUUUGACACAGUCUACUGUACCAGAAAACAUCACCACAAUAAAUGAAGGAGAUAAUGUAACUAUUGUCUGUAAAGUUAGUGGGCAUGGCAUCAAGAGAGUAGAGUGGUAUAAAGACAAAAUGGAACUCCCAAGUAGAUACAACAAUACUGGAGACUUCAACGUCAGUAUCACUGACUUAACAGCGGUAACUGUGUCACAGGCUGGUGAUUAUGAAUGCCGAACAAGUAUUAUUCCAACACCAUGGGUUGGCUAUCAAGCUGAGUCAUUUGUGUUGCAAGUCAUAGGUAAGGGCGAUUUGCUGUUCAACUUAGUAGAUUACACAAAGUGAAUAUUAUAAAAUAACUAAGAUAGUAUGCGCGCUCUGAUUGGCCGAGAGGAGUGUUUGCAUGAGAGUAUGUAAGCAUAGUUGUGCCGCCAAGAUAUUUUGCUUUUUCCGCGCUAAUCAUGCAAGCACGAAUUUGAAAAAGUUUUCGAGUUAAAAACUCGACAAGUUUACUUUAUUUACCCAUUCCUUUGUCGGUUGAAACUUGGAAAAUCGUUACAAAGAAGGUGUGUCAAUUUUUUUCGCUUAACAUUCUUUUUGCAAAACAAGAACUGAUUACGCGUGCAAGACUUUGCGACUGGUAAGAAUGUCUCUUUUAACCAGUGCCAUACAAAGAGUUUUGAAUCUUUUCUCGGGAAAGUUAUUUUAUAAAAACAAUAGAAAACUUUCUCCCUGUGUUUGCAUAGCCUGAUAUAAACACGAGAGGGGUUGGGAGAAUUCUCGACAGUUAUGCAAACCCUCGACUUUGUCUCAGGUUUGCAUAACUGUCUCGAAUUCUCCCAACCCCUCUCGUGUUUAUAUCAGGCUAUGCAAACGUGGAAAACGUUUUCUAUUACUUAAUUAGUAACUGUUUACCCCAAUACGAUAAGACGGUCUUAACACUUAUGAACAUCAUCAGAAAGGGUUUGUGGACUCCAGGGCCCAGUUGUUCGAAAGUUGGAUAACACUAUUCACUGAAUAAAUCCCUAUCCAGUUGAUAACGCAAUCGGCUUCCCUAAUACCUAUCCACUGGAUAGUGAUUUAUCCAAUGGAUAGCGCUAUCCAAUGUUUGAACAACCGCGACCAGAUCAGAUCUACAUGUAUAUUUGGAAUUACCAGAUGUCUUGACCUCUAGCCUGGCACCAGAAGCCUGGAAAUCUAGGUCAUUCAACCUGACAACUGACAUUAAACCAAAAAUGUGAGAGAAUUGUAGUAUUAUAGACUUUUUAUUGGCUUUGGGGCACAUGGCCUUUAUCAGCGAGGCAUUCUAAAAAACAUAAAGCAAGAGACAAUAACCUCCGCAAGCAAAAAUAAAUUAAAAUACAAGUUAGCUUUUUAAGAGUUUGUGAUACUUUCCUGAAAAAGUCAAGAGCCUUACUGUAAAACUUUGAGACUUGAGAGCUCUAAUUUACUGCGCCUUUUUGAAAUAACUACUUUUUUGUGACCAGUAAAUGCAAGAAAAUUUAUAGACCUAAGACCUGAUUAAUUGUUCAGACUGAAUUCACUUCCUUAUGACCUUAACGGAAGACUGCAGGUUAACUUGUUCUAAUUUAUAAUCUAAGGCAAGUUUGUUCUUUAUGACUUAGUCUGUGCUCAAAAUGUUUAUCUUCUAUUCCCUGAUUUAAGUCUUGGUACAUUUCACUUUACAGGUUUUCAUUUUCUGGCAAAGAAUAAAAAGUACCAGAGACUAUUUGUGGGAGACAAAGUGACCAUUAACUGUAAAACUAAUGCACAGAAAGCAACUUCGACCUUAUGGGUAAGAAAAGAUAUACGUCCAUCUAAACAGGUAAUGCCAAAUGGUAGUACAAUCACAUGCAAAGGCAACAGGUUCCUUUUAAGCAGUCUAACACAAGAUGAUGCUGGCUCCUACGUGUGCAAGGCCACGUCUUCCCCUCUUGAGAAGACUAUUGAAGAAGAGAUCACAACUCUUUUGAUCUUCACAGGUAAAAUAAAAACUUUAAUAACUUUUAGUGUGGCUUAAUUAAUUAUAUGAGGAAAAUAACAAAUAUGGGAGGAGCUAGAGCAUACAAAAGAAAAAGUUGAAUGGUUUUUGCAUCGGCAGAUGGUUUCUGUCGAUACACUGGAUUUCCAAAAAAAAUAUAUGUAGGCUAUACACUUUGCCCUCCCUGCUCAAUUCAAUGUGCUUAGAUACAUGUAAACAAUAAUCAAUACAAGCACUUAUGUCUCUUUAAAUAGAUGACCAAAGUAAACCCCUGGCACAAGUCUACCCUGUUGUUGGAGAGGUCUUCUCUGGACAAAAUGUAAAUAUUUCCUGUCAAGCUCCAGGUCAUGCUGUUUCAAUGGAAUGGUCAAGAAAAGGUCAAAUUGUCUCCAGCAUCCAGACACACAGAAAAAUAAGAACAACAGCCAAAGGAAAUUUCACCNUGUUGUUGGAGAGGUCUUCUCUGGACAAAAUGUAAAUAUUUCCUGUCAAGCUCCAGGUCAUGCUGUUUCAAUGGAAUGGUCAAGAAAAGGUCAAAUUGUCUCCAGCAUCCAGACACACAGAAAAAUAAGAACAACAGCCAAAGGAAAUUUCACCGAAAGUACUCUGGUGCUAACAAAUGUAUCAAAGGUCGACAAUGGUACCUACACCUGUACUGUUACAACUUCCAAAAAUAUGGGGUAUUCUAACCAAGCAACUGCAACAUUAUUAGUUACAGGUAUGCUGGCAAAAGCUUUUCAACCUUUGCAUUUGAAACUUUUUGUUUCUAAAGAGUGGAAAAAGAUAACCUCAAAGAUAUGUGUCAGCAUUAAAAAACCAUGCCCUCAAGGUACUUCUUACACCUUAAUUUGACGAGACAGUUGUGUACCAUUGUAGCACAUCUAUCUAUUAUUGACACAAUUAUAUUCUCCUCGACAAUUGAUUUUAUUUUUUUCUUGCAUAGCGUUUUUGUUCUAAUAAUUAAUCAAAUUAACAUACUAUAAUACAUUGUCUUGAUCAAUAAGGAUUUCUUAAAAACAUAAGCAAGCAAAUAUUAAUGUUAAAAGGCGAUGUUUCGGUAUCAUCAUGACACCAUUCUGAAGGCAAUUAUUCAUUCUGCAAUUAAUUAUUCAUUUUGCCUUGAGAAUGGUGUCAUGAUGAUACCGAAACAUCGGCUUUUAAAGUUAAUAUUCGCUUGCUUAUAAUACAUUGUAUCACAUUUAUUUAAACCUCUGAUUUACUGUAAAGGCUAAAAUCUCCAAGAACGUAAAAAAAUAAUAGUAGUAGUAAGAAAAAUUCUAAAAGGAAAGGAAAUAGGAAUUAACAAAUGGAAAUACAAAACUAUGAGAAAAAGGAAUUUUAAAGAGUAAAACUAAAACUACUCAUUAUAUUUACUAUUAUAUUUUCUGAAACAAAAUCUGAUGCAUUUUGAAUGACUCCCCUUUUUUCUUUCCAGCGUGUAAUGAAUCUUAUAAGUUUGCUGACCCAAGUGACACCUCUGGUUACUUUGAGUGCAAACAUGGAACUCCAGUGAAGAAAUCGUGUCCUGGUAAUCAUGUGUGGAAUCAAGAAGACAAGAAAUGCAAACUUUGGCAGCUAGGUAUGGUAUACAGUAUUGAUAUUGAAUUACAACUCAUGCCAAGUUUAACUUUAUACUGAUCAUUCAUGUUAAACUACAUCUUUACCCAAUUGAGUAUCAGUAAACACAGGGACUGUCAUCUCUUAAUCUUAACUAGCAAUUAAGAACACAUUAAAUUUUUUGACUUGUUAGUGGUUCUGGCAGAACCUGAGCUUACACAUAAUCUUUAACUCUUUAGCCAUCAUACAUUGCACCUUUUUGUUGCAGUGAGAAUUAAAUUUGCAGUUCCAAGUAAUAAAAGGACUGUCACAAUAGCUGAGUCCAAUUUUAUUUGCUGAUUACUCGGUUUGGAUUAGUUAAUGUUUUCUCAGAAAUUGCUCCCAAAAACAUGUGGGUCCUAAGCCUUAUAAUAAGUUAUAAACAAUGGAGAUAAACUUUGUCAAACUUUUAAAGGAGUAACAAUCAUAGAGCCAAGUAGACAAAUGUACCCGUGAGGAAUUGUUUCCCUUGGCUCAAUUGGGUCUAAAUUUUCUUUUCUGUUAAACAUAUGUUAAAGAAGGAGACUUGGACGACCAUUUUGUCUUCUUAUGAUGUUCUAUUUACAACAUAUAAUUGCACAUAAUGAAAUUUGUGCCAAACUUGAAAUAAAGUUUAACUUUUGUAUAUUAAUUAAUUGAUUUACUUUUAGACUGGGUUCAUGACAAAGAUGGAAAAAGGGUUAUCAUUCUUGAUACCAAUACACGGUUUGAGUUGGACUGCCAGCUUAAUGAUCCACGAGUAACAGUAACAGUAAAAGUUCAACUCAAAAAGGGGAAUAAAAACGUGGAUCCUCAAAAGAACAUUAAUGUGACACAGAUUGGACAGAAGUUUAGGAUAGAUGUCUCAUCACUUUCAAGUGGACAUUCAAUGGAAUUGAAAUGCCAGGCAUUAGGAAGUGGAGGUCAAGUUGUUUCAAAGAAGACAGUUACCCUUGUGAAAGCCAAAGGUUUGAACUUGAUGUCAUGAUAACAUAUAAGUACAUAUUAAUGCAUUUUCAACCCACUGAAGAACAUACCAAACAAAGGCAAAAAAAUAGAGUAACUUUGAUCGCUAUCUCCAGUCUCAAGUACACUACCCACCUUUACUUCCUUCAAAAUAUUUUUGCAAUCAUCAAGUUUUUUGCAAAAAGUUUUCUCACCAAAUUUAAGCUUCAGUAAUUAUAGCUUGCAAGUAGAACAAUAUUAUAGAGGAAAAGAGGUAAAAAAAAUAAAAAAAUGGAAAGAGAGGAAACAAAAGGGCAUUUUUCCAAGGGCAAAUUUGUUUUUAUGUUAAGUGCAUGAUACUGAUUAUAAAAAAAGAAUAGAAAAUUUGAACGGAGGUUACAAUAACCUCUUUCAUUAUAGUCACAAUUAAGAACUCUUAAGUUAAUUAGCUUUCCAAGUGUUUGUGUUAAUCUUAAUAUUUUAUGUUCUCUGGUUUAUUGCAGAUUUUCAAAACAACGUUUUUGUGCAGAUUUUGCCUGUUUGCUCUCCUGGGCCAUUAGCAAUUCACGAUUCUAUCAGUAUAAUUUGCCAUGCAUAUCAUUUUGGAGGCAUGGGAUGGUACAAGAUAGACAAGUCUUCAAAUGUUCCCAAGGCAAUAAGUGAUUCAGACCCAAGACUGACUGAUAAUAAAAGUAUGACUAGACAUGGUCAUUGGAAUAAAAGCAAGACGUUGACACUUGACAAUGUCACAAAAAAUGAUGAAGGAGCAUAUGUUUGUUGGAAAUCAAAUGGUUAUAAUAUCACGAAAAACAUAACUAUUUACAUUGAUGUGGCAGGUAAGUCUUUUCAUUUUUCAUAAAGAGGAUCUUUCCUUUGGUAGUCAAAGCAGUGCUCAAUGAAAGCAUGUAGGGAUUGCAAAGCCCUGAGCCUAAAGAAAACGUGGUUACCCAACCUUACCCUCAGUAACCCACUGUACAUGUACCAAUACUCAAGAAGCUAACAAGUUUUGACUUGCUCAGCCAUUUUUUUCGCUUUUGGCCUCGGGAUAAACAUAGUCAUAGACACGGACACUUUAUUUUACGUGGUAAAUAUGCUUAGCCAUACGGCUAAAACGGGUAAAAAAUAUGAUUUUCUAGAGUGUUCAGCAAUAAUUUUUUUCCAGCUGAUUGUGAUGCUGUCUAGACGCAUAAAAGUAAGUUUAUCUAACCAUGAAUCUAAAAAGGUGGGAUCAACAACGAUACCAGAAAUUGAAGGAAUUAACAAGAAAACAUUUGGAUACGUCAGCUUAUUUUUGUCUUCAUNGGGUAAAAAAUAUGAUUUUCUAGAGUGUUCAGCAAUAAUUUUUUUCCAGCUGAUUGUGAUGCUGUCUAGACGCAUAAAAGUAAGUUUAUCUAACCAUGAAUCUAAAAAGGUGGGAUCAACAACGAUACCAGAAAUUGAAGGAAUUAACAAGAAAACAUUUGGAUACGUCAGCUUAUUUUUGUCUUCAUGGUGAACAAAGGUGCGCCGCGGUGCUAGUACUGAGUUUUCAGGCUGCAACUAGACUGUCAGGCUUAAAAGCUCACCUUAAAUUGUUGAGGAAUGAAGUGUGGCUUCAGUCGAUUUCUAACUACUUUUCGUGGAUACUUACUUGUCAGUAAAGUUUUCCACUAUCAAUUCAAGACGUUCUUUAGUCGGUUUAGUAGUUUGAAAUACAAUUAAUGCCCAACCUUCCUGCUCGUGAAAUGCUCGUGGUGAAAUUGAGCGGCAAACGAGCGUUCAUGACAACGAGGGUGAAUACGCCUGCGGAGACAGACGGGAAGGCAAGAAAACGCCUUUUUAAUUGGCUUUUUUUAGCCCGGCCAUGUUCAAGAAAAGAGGUCUAUUCGAGUGGUUCUCUGGCAAUGGGAGCUGACUUUCAAGUAAACACAGUUCAAAGUUUAUAUUUUUAAUAAACGUUUUUUAGGGGGUUCGAAGUUAUAGAAUUUACAUUUUGGCCUCUUCCCCAUCUUUAUGUUCUAACAUAAAAUACCCUUAUUGUGUAUUUGAUGUGAUCCCACCUCUUAGAUCCUUCCUUGACUGUCAUUUACAUAUGUUUUUUUUUCUGUCAGAUCCCUCACCAGCCACGAUAGAAAAGCUUGAUUCACCACCACAGUCGUUUAUUAAGGAGGGACAAAAUGCCAGGUUUCACUGCACUGUAAGCGGCUCUCCUCGACCGAACGUAAUUUGGAAGAGAGGACAAGAAAUUGUGGCCUUUUGCGCCGGAAAAUAUAACAGCGCUUGUGAAACAUUUGGUUCCAGAUACAAGGCAAAUUGGAGAGACGAUAGAGGAUGUAUGGGGAAUUAUUCCAUGGGUCCAGUGAGCGGGGGAUGGGUCAGCAGGCUUAAUGUCAACAACCUACAGUACCCGGCUGAUGUGAAGUACACUUGUGAAGUUGAAAACAGUCUUGGAAAGAAGGAAAAAGUUGCAUCUCUUAAAAUCGCCGGUAAGCUCAAAAAUCAAUUUCAUUUUCAUAUUAUUUCAUUUAUCCUUUUCCAUUCCAUUUCAGAUUUAUAGUACCAUUUAUAAAUCACAGACAAACAUUAGUGCUUGUGUCAUAGAACGUUUACAGUACGUAUUAAAAUUCAGUUAAGAUUAUUCCAUUUAAAUAUUGAGUUUGUCACAAAAAAGAAAAAUGUAGAUAGGAAAGGAGAGGGGCCCAUGUAGGUCAACUAAUGUUGUGCUCCUUACAAUUAUGUAUUAUAAGAAACUACAGUAGUUGGCUAAGUAAUAACUAUUUAUUUUAGAUAAAACUGCAGAGGAAAAGUGAAAAUGGCUCAAUUAAUAAAAAAAGAUGUUUAAUUCGUAGUAUUGAGCAAAUUACUAAUGUAAUCUUUUCUAACCUUUUUCUAGUUGGUUUAUCUCUGACUGAUUACAGAAUAUUAUUCCAAGAAAAAUCUCCCAAUAACACUGGGGCUUAAUCUUAAUCACGGUUUUGGCACACAGACAUUGAAGACCCCAAAGAUUCACAAGUUAAAACCGAAGUCAUAAAACUGUUUGCAAAGGCCUUCCAAGUUGUUAGUAUUGUUCGUGGGAGUUGUAGAUAAGGCCUGCCUCCAUGCUUGUUGUAACUAUUCAUAACAUUUUAGCCUUUCGUGCUUACUACCACUAUUAUUUAUACCGCUGUUAUAAAUAUUACACUUUUAAAAUGAUAGAGGCCACACAGUUUAAUAACCCGUAUAGCGGGAAAUUUUUUCCCCACAGCGCGCGCUGUCAUUGGUUACUUCGAGGUCACAUGACAUCUAACGAUGAAGCUGUUUCCCCCAAAUUCUCUGGGCGGGCAAUAUUUAAAAAAUCUAUCGUCAGAGGGUAACAGUGCACUGUUACCCACGAAUGAUGACCGACGACCGCCGUUACAGCGAGGUUUAAUGAAUUUCCAGCUAUAUAACAAAUUACUUAAAGACCGGUUCCUCGGGAAACAGUUUAUUUUGUUUCCCGUGAAUCUCAAUGUUUCCCGAGGCGGACUCGGAACCAGUCAUUAAACGUUUAUUUCCGCUAUUUUCAGUCGCACCUGUUUUACAAAAGAACACAGAAAAUGGGCCCGAGAAGGUUUAUGGCGCUCAAGACAGAGAGAGAGAGAUCAAGUGUAUAACAAAGCGCAGCAUUCCUCCAGCGAGCUUCAAGUGGCUGUAUCAACCUUUAAAUUGUAGUUUAUCUUCGUCAAGCUGCCCAAAACCUACCAGCAACUGGAGCAAUCUAACAGAUUUUGGAGAUAUAAAAAAUCGAUCUGAUAGCACGAGUGUCCUAAUAUUGCCAGGACACCUAAAAAAUAUGUAUUUUAAGUGCAUUGCUGAGAACCCAGUCACAGGAGCAAAGGCUUCCAAGCAAUACCAGUUUAUGCGACAAACUGGUAAGUAUACCGUUCCUUGCUCAUACACUAGAAAUAUUAUUUUCACCAACCAAGUUUCCAUAGGGCGUCAGGCGUCUUAAAAUAACUGAGGAGAAUGUGCUGCCUUUAGUUAGACAUUCUAGUCUUCUCGGCUAAGGACGAAAAACAGUAGGCCCCGUCUCACAGCUCUAUCGCUGUUCUGAUUCUUGUGGGACGUAAAAGAACUCGCACUGCUGUUUGUAAAGAGUAGGGGGCGUAGACCCUGGUGGUGUGGUACAACCGUUCAUGGGCUGGGUGGGUAAUGAAGGGGUUGAUACCAAUUGGGAUAAUAGUCCUGUGUCAUCCCCUGUCACCGUGUUGAGUCACCGUGGCGAAUUCAAUAAAGUAAAGGACUCUUCUAUGAAAGGGGUCCGCAUCAUAGUUUUGACUUAGUUUUUCUUGUGACACAGGGGAAGUUUCUUCCUUUCUUGAUGUGAAACCGGAACCCGUUAUGAUCAAAAGUGAAGGAUCCAACAUCACCCUACGAUGUGAAGCAUCCAUUGGU